GCAUCAGACGCUCACCCUCGCUCCCAUUAGCAGCCGCCGCCGUAAACCCUACCAUAGCAGUAGCAGCCAGCAACCUUCUCCCUCUUCUCUUGGUCACUGUCGCCGGCAUUGACGCAGCCGGCGUCGCUCGCCUCGCCCGCGUCCCUCUACUUUCUACUGCUACGGUUCGUCUACUCUGUCUCCGUCGUCGGUUCGCCGGUUCGCGGCCCAAAUCGCCUCUAUGCCCGCUUCUCCGGUCUCCGCCGAGUGACGUCUCUGCUUGCUUCUUCGGCGUCGUCGACGUCAUUCGACUGGUUCAUUGACAGGUUCGGUUCUCGCAACCUUGCAGGGCACUGCACUCACUUCUGGGGUCGUACUUCUUCAUCAGCAGCCCCCAUCCCCCUUCUUUAGUCACUCACCGGAGAGCUUGACGGCGGGAUAGAGACACGACCAUCACCUCCAUGGAAGUUGUGGUGGCUUCCUCUUCCGUGGAUGCCGGAAUAGGUUGCUGGGAUCUACAUACGGGGGCAGAGCAGCUCCGCCACAAGUCAUGCUCCUCCCCUCCUCAUGGCCUCAUCUCUGUCGGUGGUCGCUUCCUCGCUUCUUCACAUCUCUCUCCACUAUCCUCUGGCGGCUCUGUUCUCUUUUGGUCCUGGUCUAAGCCUCAAGUUGGAGUUAGGUGCUUUCCAGCUGAAACUAUAAAGCCCCUUUCUGCUAAUCAUCCAGGCACAUAUAUAGCUGGUGGAGGUGUCUCUGGUGACAUAUACCUUUGGGAGGUUGAAACUGGUAGAUUACUUAAGAAGUGGAAUGCUCAUUAUAGAGCUGUUACUUGUCUGGUAUUUUCUGAAGACGACUCGCUUCUGAUUUCUGGUUCGGAAGAUGGUUCAGUAAGAGUUUGGUCCCUCUUCAUGAUAUUUGAUGAUUUGAGAAGUCAAGAAGCAACUCAUCUCUAUGAGCAUAGCUUUACAGGUCAUGCCCUACGUGUAACUGAUGUUGUGAUUGGUUAUGGAGGUAGCAAUGCCAUUAUAGUGUCGGCAUCAGAGGAUCGGACCUGUAAGGUGUGGAGCUUGUCCACAGGAGCAUUACUAAGAAAUAUAGUAUUCCCUGCAAUCAUAGAUGCCAUUGUAUUGGAUCCUGCUGAGCAUGUCUUUUACGCUGGCAGUAGAGAUGGAAAAAUAUUUAUUGUUGCACUUCACACUGAGAGCCUUGUUACUAGUAACGAUGGGAUGCAUAUCGUUGGUUCAUUUUCUAACCACAGCAAGUCAGUUACUUGUUUGGCAUAUGGCAUCAGUGGAAAUUUGUUAAUAUCCGGGUCAGAGGAUGGAAUGAUUCGUGUUUGGAAUGCAAGAACUCAUAACAUUGUCCGCAUGUUCAAAUAUGCUAAAGGGCCUGUAAGUAAUAUUUGUGUUGUUAGGCCCGAAAUAGACUCAACUAGUCAUAUAUUACAAUCAUCAUCAAGAAAGCAGGGGUCCGAUUUACCCCCUCCGUUGGAGAAAUAUGCAAACUCAGUUGAAGAUUCAGAUGCUAAGACACCUAUUGUCCUUUGCGGUGCCAAGAGAUGUGCCAAAGUUUCGUAUCUCAGUUCUCAUGCGAUAUCUUCUCACGUCAAGGAACUUCAGCGACACGGUUCUGCUGCUGCUUCUGAAUUGGAAAUGGAGAAACUAAAAGAUGAUUACCAGAAGUCAAUGCAAAUGGUUAAUCAAUGGAAGAAAAUGUAUGAAAACUUGCAUCAAUUUUGUGUGAAGGAGCUCUUAGAUGGUGGUCAAGCGAGUGUUUCUGAUGAAAAUAACAAAUAAGAAUUUUCUUCCUUUUUCCGAUAAACCAGCGUUGCUCAAUUUUGAAGGUAGAGUUCAUAGAUAGUCCUUUUUGUUAUUUUAAUUUUGAAAUUUUCUGUUUAGGUGUUGCGGUUAAAAUUUUUUUAAUUAUUAUCCUUUUAAAAGGUUAAUUACAUUGCCCCGUAAGGGACAAACGUUGGAUUCUUA